ACGAUGUUUCUCCAGUUAAAAAAUCAUAUUUUCCAAACCAAAUUAUGGUUCAGUGAUUUCAACUUGUCCUCCAAAAUCUCCGGAUUUGAUUCCCUUGUGUUUUCUUUUUCUUAAAAAAAUAUCCAUCACUUGUAUUCAGUAUGUAUAAAAAACAUAAUUUUUUUUUUUUGCAUUUCAGAUGGCGAAAUUUCUUGGUGCUAUUUUUAAUGAUUCACAAUAUUCACUGCGAAGAACCCUCCUCAUCAGAAAAUUCUUUAGUAGAAUUUAGUGUAAGUAGCAGUACAAGCGAAGAAAUUCCACCAGCAAACAAUCUAACCGAAACACUAAUUGAAACUAAUAAUGAAGACACCAAUCACACUAGAGAAGCAUUAACUCAGGACGCCAGCGAACCCGAUUCGGUGGUUUUCAUAGGUGAAAAUCCAAAUUACGUCCCAUUGCCAUCGUUGAGAACCAGAACGAUUCCUCCUGUUGCAGGCGAAGACGAAACCGAUUGGCAAAACCCUUUGGAUAACUGGGACCGAGAGUACCGAAGAGUUCGGUUUAAUAAUACCAGAGUACAACAUAUUGAAGCUGAAUGCCAGGACGACUACAUGAAAAUACGUGUCGGUUUCAACGGGACGUUUGCUGGUUUAGUUUAUUCUGCAGGUUACGCUUACGACCCAGACUGUAUGUAUAUCAACGGAACUGGGCGAGAUUAUUACGAAUUCUACAUCCAACUAAACAGAUGCGGAACUCUCGGCAAAAAUACCCAUAAUGAGGAUAACAGAAAAUCGCCAACUAAAAAUUUUAUGUGGAACACAGUCACUGUUCAAUACAAUCCUUUGAUUGAAGAGGAAUAUGAUGAGCAUUUUAAAGUUACUUGCGAAUAUGGAUACGAUUUUUGGAAAACUGUUACUUUUCCUUUUUUGGAUGUUGAAGUUGCAACAGGAAAUCCAGUAGUUUUCACAUUGACACCGCCAGAAUGCUACAUGGAAAUCCGCUAUGGAUAUGGAACAGCAGGAAAUAGAGUUACAGGACCUGUAAGAGUCGGAGACCCAUUAACUCUCAUUAUUUAUAUGAGGAGUAAAUACGAUGGAUUCGAUAUAGUGGUAAACGAUUGUUACGCACACAACGGGGCAACCAAAAAAAUCCAACUAAUAGACGAAUACGGCUGUCCAGUGGACGACAAAUUAAUUUCGAGAUUUCGCGGUUCCUGGUCGGAAUCUGGCGUAUUUGAAACGCAAGUCUUCGCUUAUAUGAAGACAUUCAGAUUCACCGGUUCGCCUGCACUCUAUAUUGAAUGCGAUGUUAGAAUGUGUCAUGGAAGAUGCCCAAGUCAACCCUGUCACUGGAGAAAUGUUAAAAAUGUAAGAAAAAGGUCUAUUGAAGGAAGUAACAGUACAGCGACCCCAACACCAGUGCCCUUAUCAGAAAAUGUCAAUCUUUAUCAAUCUUUGAGAGUGCUGCAAGAAGGAGAAAGUGAUCAAGAGACAAAUAUUACUUACAAAGAAUCAUUAACAUCAGACCCCAACAGUGUAUGUCUGAAAACAGGCUGGUUUGCAACACUUCUAGCCCUAGGAUGCGGUGCCCUUUGCCUUCUCACAGGAGCCCUUCUAGCCACUUGUACCAAAAUGAGAAAAACUAACAUUGAAAAAUUAUCAUCGCAGUUUAGCGGGUACAUGAAUCAUAGAAGCAGUUUUAAAUGAACAAGACUUAUUUUGACCAUUGUGUUUAGAUGUACGCCUAAUUUCGCUAGUAUUUUAGUUCUACAAUUGAAAUUAGGUCAAUGAGUUGGAAAGCUAAAAUUUAUGUGCAAUGUUUAAUAGUUCAGGGUAUUAAAUAGAUACUCAAAAGGCCAAUUUAUUGCAAACUUUAGUAAUUAAGGAUAGUUUUAAGUAUCUCUUACAUGCACGGAGAAUAAGCUGAAUAUCUUCUCCUGCAUGUUCGAAAAAUUGUAUUGCCUGACCAAAGGUCCCAGAUAUUUUACAUAAAUACAAAACGUAUUCAUUAAAAUAUCAAUAAUUUAUUGUAAAUAUUUCAGUGUACUCGUACUUAAUUGUAAUAAUAAACGACUUUUGAAUAAUGUAAAAAAUAGCCUAUAUUCAUUUAUUCUUUAACAUAAAAUAUAACAUGCUCUAAAAUUAUCCUAACAAGCAUAAAUAUAAAACUAAAUAAUUUAAGCAGCAUUAUGCAAAACCUUAUUAAAAGCGGCAUAAGAACUUUCCAAAUCAAACAAUAAUUGUCGCACUUGACUUUCUGAUAGUUCAUCAGAGGCUUGCAUUGAAUUCAAAGUACUCAACCAUUCGUUGACUUUUUGCUUGCCUUCAAAGUCUGAAGGAAGUAUGCUCAGCCUGUUCAUUGUAUCGACCAAAUCUCGAAUUUCCGGAUGCAAAUCGUCCAUAGCUCUAAUGUCCAACCUCAAUUUGUCCAUUAUAGUAAUGAAAAGGGACACAAUAUCGGCUAUACAUUUGCUAGUGUUGCCUUUGUCAUCUUUGAUGGUUAUAGGCCUGUCUUCUUUGAUUCUUUCCAGUGCAGCAGGACAAUCCAGCUAUUAAAAAUGUAUUUCAAUACUUAUUUUUUUAUUGUUUUAAUUAUUAUUACCCUGUAUUUUUUGACAAAAGCAUCUAUGGUGGGAAACUCGUUCCCUUCCACUUGCCUGAAUGCAGCUUUGUAUUGCACCAGCAAUUUACUGCAAGCCCCUGUGUACUCCUUUGGAGUGACGCAGUCUCUGAUGUAGGCCUUUUCCAAUUGUUGCAAGGUGUUGAUAACUGCAUAGAGAUCUGCCAAGUUAUCGUAC